UCUGCACUCGGACCAAAAUGGCGCUUAACACCCAAAACAUCUGCGUGUGUUGUCUCGUAUCUUUGCGUUUCUGAAGAUUAACGCAGGGUGUGUGCGCAGAGCGCGUGUGUCUGUGUAUCUGUGUGAGUGUGUGUGGCGUGCUCUUGUAUUUCUCUUCGGCUGUUUGUCCCGUGAUCACACACUGAACAUGGAGCGUUUGGGGAAACUACGCGUGGCCGUGAUCGGAGCAGGGGCAGCCGGACUGUGUGCGGCUCGUCACGUCCUGUCACGAGCCAACUCUUUCGAGCCUCCCGUAGUGUUCGAGCAGAGCGCCCGCGUGGGAGGCACGUGGUACUACGAGGAGCGCGUGGGCACCUGUGAUGACAGCCGGCCGAUCCACAGCAGCAUGUACAGAGACCUGAGAACCAACCUGCCUAAAGAGGUCAUGAUGUUUCCAGAUUUCCCGUUUGCCUCCCACUUGCCCUCUUUUAUGACGCACUGGGACGUUCAGCAGUAUUUAGAGACAUACUGCAAGAGCCAUGACAUCAUGCCACACAUUAAGUUCAACACUAUGGUGGAAGAGGUGAAACCCAUCUCCAUGGAGACAGAUGAGGGGGGGGCUGUGAGGUGGGAGGUAAUUUCGCGUGGCAUGCACGAAGGACAUAGCACACAGAUAUUCGACUCUGUGUUCAUCUGCAGUGGUCAUUACUCUGCGCCCCAUUUGCCCUCCAUUCCAGGAAUAGAGCUUUUUAAAGGAAAGGUGAUGCACAGUCACUCUUAUCGCUGCCCAGAGCCUUUUGCCCAUCAGUCCGUUGUGGUUUUGGGUGCCGGAGCAUCUGGGGUUGACAUCUUAUUUGAGCUGGUUCAAGCUAAAGCACAGGUGAUUUUGAGCCAUAAUAAGCCGGCCUUGACAUUUUCUUUGCCCCUGGAAAUCCAGCAGGCACCUCCUGUUGUGAAGGUGCAAGAUGAUGGCUCCCUGCUCUUCCAGGAUGGCUCAGUGGCCCAUGCUCAUGUUCUUCUGCUUUGCACUGGAUACAAUUACCACUUCCCAUUCCUUGGCCAAAAACAGCUUGGCCUGGAGGUUCAGCACCACCUAGUGGCUCCUCUUUACAAGUACCUGCUGCCUCCAUCUUUCCCCUCACUCUUUUUUAUAGGCAUGUGCAAACUCAUCUGCCCUUUUCUUCACUUCCAUUAUCAGAUCCAGUUUGCGUUAGCAGUUCUUGAUGGCACUGUGCAGCUGCCCUCACGUGAGUUGAUGGAAGAGGAUGCAGAGAAAGAGAGGCAAAGAAAGAUACAGAUGGGUGUUCCGGUGAAACACCUCCUGCAAAUGGACUCUGAUCAGUGGGAUUACUAUGUCAGUCUGGCAACAACAGCGGGGCUGUCACCUCCAAAUCCAGUUAUACAGAGUCUUUAUGAUGAAGUAGCGAAACGACGACGGGCAAACCCUCAGACCUACAGAGAAAUCAACUACAGACUGGUUAAUGCCACUGAGUGGCAGGUUCUCAAUUCGCCAUCUGUAGAAGCAGAUCAUAUUUAGUUAGUGAUUAGUAGCAGAAAAAUAAAGGCAAAUGCACUCCUCACCCAC